AUGGCUGUCGAGGAGGCUGACUCAACAGACAAGCACACUGGGACGCUGGGCAAUGACGUGGCUAUGCAGACUGACGGUGUACCAGGCUCAAAGAAGUCAAACUCGCAAGGCUACCCGGACACCACACCCGCUCAGAAUUGCAAAAUGGCGCUGGUGGAAGUGACCAAAGAAGCUUCCACCACCAGUCGGCCGGAUCCUGAGGACGAAGAAACGACCGCGAAUUACGCAGGUCCCUUGGAUGUGUCCAUGUCGGAUGCAGUGGCGGAAGAGACUGCGCCAAAGGCAGAGACCGAAACGCCACAGGAAGACAAGAAUCUCCCGGCCCAGUUGGUGGAGCCAAACCGCCAGGAUGCCAAGACGUGUCGCGGAGACGCCAGUCCGCUGGAAUCAUCGCGUCGAGGUCAGCCAGAAAGUCAGCUGUCUGCUUGCUUCAAUCUUCCCGAUGUCACGGAGACCUUGGGGGCGGCCUGCUGCGACCCGCCACUGCUUGCUCGGCUCGGCAUGGCCGAUGUCACGUUGCAGCGGCUCAUCUUUUGCCGCAGCUUCGCUGAGCGGCGGGCGCAGGACUUCCGCGAGAACGGCAUGACUUGGGCCUCAGGGUGCACCAGCCUCGAACAGUUACAGAUCGGCCUCAGCGUCUCGGAGAUCUGCGCUUCAGAUAGCCAGAACCAUCUCUACUUCGAGUACGGAGGUGGUGUGAACCUUCUGGAGGAGACGAAGCAGCUGGUCCAUGCAGCAGCGCUGUUUGCUCAGAAACACCCUCGAUUGCGACUGCAUGUAGAUGCGCAUGCAGGGGUUGGGGCACCCAGGGGAAUCGCCACCAGCACCUCGCGCCGGCGCGCGGAGUGUGUGCAGACCGAGCUUGUUGCUCUUGGGGUGGACCAAGAGAGAGUCUCCACCACCUCUUGGGGAAGGAGGGUAGCGAGUGUUUGGUCUGAGCCAGAAGGUAAUGCGGCUGCUCGAGCCGAGCUGUAUUUCCGUCUGGGCGAGAAGGAGUUUCCGGUACGGCCGGAUCACUACCAAGACGUUCCAGAGGGGAACAAAGGCGACUCACCAGACUCUGACUCUGACGGCGAUCAUCCUAACAUCAGACGGCAGCGCAUGCUCGCCAUGCUCAGGGCUUUGGGAUAUCCUGUCCAAAUUGUUUAUCGGAAUCCUGAGAACGCUGGCGCACCUGCAAGACAAGCCGAGCUACAGGCUGUGCGACAUCGCUACAACCUGCUGCUGCAAACUGCGGCGGAAUGGCGGGAGGCAUUGAUACGGAAGCAGGGCGACUGCGACCUGUGGCGGCGGCGAUCAGAGUCCAAGGGACUCGCAGUGCGCCGCGACGAUGCAGAGCUUCAGGCUGAAAUCCAAAGCUUGGUUGCUGCACCGGCGUUCAGUCCUCCACGGCUUGGCUACUGGGGAGAGGCUUUUGGCGGCGACAGACCGACAACGCAGACGACGAGUCAUAUCGGUCAGGAUGACAGUCGGAGUGCCGCCUCCUGGGCCGGUUGGAUGCGCACACCCAACAGGCGAACAGCGCCCCUGCAGUCACCUUUGUGGAGACGUCCAGCUCGCAGAGGGAGGUCACUUGAGUCUUCCAGGCUCGGGCUUCCUGUCUCCGGGCAGCCGCGUUUGGAUGUGACUCCACGCUCGCCGUCUCCUCACCCAGCAGGGGAGCUCCUGCUGCGACUUGUGAUUGUGUGGCUGGUGCCAGGCGGCGCGCUCGCUGCCGGGGUCACUCCCGACUUGCUCACCAGCCUUCUGUCCAUCGGCGCGACCCUUUGCGAAAUCUGGAUAUGGCUUUCAGCGCUCACAAGCUCCAAGCGUCGAUCGCCGCCUUGGCGAAGCUUUUUCCUUCGACUUGCAGGCUUGUGCACGCUGCAGCUGUGGUCGCUGCUGCUUCAUGAAAGCAUGCGGCCCGACGACUCAGACCAGCCUGCCGAGCCCGUCCAGUCUCAGAAGCCUGCGAAUUUUGAUGCUCCCAUGAUGCGAGGUUCGAAGGCAAAGUCCAUGGUGGUGCCACCAAAGAUGUCGGCACCAUCCCCUUCACCUCGGCCCCUUGCAGCUGUGGAGGUUGAGACUCCACGGAUAGCACGCGCCUCGCUGGCAGCUGUCGGUGAGGGUAACUUCGUGGUAGAUGCAGAGCCGCAAGACCUGAAGUGGUCGCCACGCACCAUCUCAGUCGUGCUCCCAUGUGCAGAAGAGCGAGAUUUGGCAUUCAAAACCGUGAAGUCUGUCUUCGACACGACUCCGACUGAUAUUCUGCAUGAGAUCGUCGUUGUUGAUGACGGCAGUAAUCCUCCGCUUUCUGAGACACACCUCAAUUCCGAUGUCCAGAAGAAGUACAAGAUCUUGAUCAAGAGACACGAUCGGACGGUGGGGCUGAUCGGUGCCAAGAAGACUGGUGGAGAUGCUGCAACUGGUGACAUCAUCGUAUUCUUCGACUGUCACGUGGCUCCUCAGCCUCGAUGGCAUGAAGACUUCAUGAAGCUCAUCGCUGAGAACUAUCGUCGCAUGGUGAUACCUCAGAUCACAGCACUGGACAUCGAUAGCUGGACCCAAAUCGGCCGCGGAGGCGGUAUGUCAAAGUGCUAUCUGACAUGGGACGGCGACUUCAAAUGGGGAGGCACGGACGACAUGUACAUGGGGAUGCUUUCCGGAGGUUUGGCGGGCAUGUCGCGGCAGUGGUGGGAUGAAAGCGGAGGAUACGACGACAAGAUGCUGGGUUGGGGAGGAGAAAACAUCGACCAAGGUGUGCGCAUGUGGGUUUGUGGAGGCGAGAUCGUCGCUGCUCCGAAUUCGCAGGUGGCACAUAUGUGGAGAACCGGCUCUGCGAAGACCAGCGCCCGGUACAAGCAUGUUGGUGACACGGUCUACAAUCGCGCCAGGGCAAUAAAUGCGUGGCUGGAAGAGUUCAGUGCCAAGUUGGAUGAUUAUCCCAACUUCGCACAUCGCAAAAGCUCUGGUGGAGCCAACUGGUUCGGAGACAUGAGCACCUUCAACAACGUCAAGAAACGCCUCAAUGGCUGCAGACCCUUUGCGUGGUACCUGAAGCGCUUCAAGGUAGUCUACGAAGAUGCGGGUCUGAUUCCUCCGGAAAUCUUCAUGAUUCGAGAGGAGCAAAGUGGGCUCUGCCUGCGCUACAUGGGCGGGGCAGGAACGAGUGGCUCCGGAUCCGAGGGUGUGAGGCUUGAAAACUGCGAUCAGACCAACCACCGCUUCUUCUGGCACCUGGGGAAUCGCAACAAGAAAACAAAGAAAUGCUGCAGCGGCUUGAGGGCCUGGAACACCGACCAGUGCCUUCAGGGCGGCCAAUCAGGCGGACGCGGAAUCACUGGCAUUUGCGAGCUGUCUGGAACGAACCCUUCUCAAGCUUGGUCAUUGACGAGCGACGGUCUUCUCAAAAAGGGUUCGAGCUGUCUGGGACCAGCCAACACUCAGACACCAGGCCUGAAAGAGGCACCCUGCGUAUCAUUCCGGAACAAGGGCGGCUCGAGGUUCUCGAAGAUGAGCUCCCAGAUUCCCCUUGAGACAAAGCUUUACCGAAAGGCACAGCAGGAACAUCCCGAGGUUUUCGCCCGCCUCAACGCGGAGCUCAACGUAGACGCACCUUCGGACAUGCCCAAGCGGUGCUUGGAACCAGGCAGAAGCUGCAUCAAGCUGUACUGGAAGGGCAGCACUCAAUGUCUCGAUGCCGAAGCUCAGUGGGUGGAGUCACAGGAAGACUGCGGCUACUACAUCUAUGAGAACCAGGGCUUAAAGCAGGCCGAGACAAUGGCUUGCUUGGACACGUGGUCUGACGAAGACGUCAACACCUGGGGUCUUUACGAAUGUCAUGGCGGCAACAAUCAGAAGUUCGUACAGUCCGACGGACAAGUCUUCUGCGCAUACGUUGACAUUGGGAGUGAGCAAUGCUUCGAGGGCCGUGCCAAGUCUGGUCCACGAUUUGUGGCACUCUGCCCCGACCAGUUCGUGACGGUGGUGCUCAAAGCUGCCAAGCUGCGCGAGGAGGCCCAGACCAUCCACGAAGGCACCAUGGUUGCAUCAUGCAACGUCUUGAGUACCAGUAGCAGAGCUGUGGCCGUGGGCGAUCUCGGUUCAGGCUCGGACGGCCUGCAGCGGGCGAUUGUUGAGGCCUCCCGGACCUGCCCCGAAGUCCGGGAGAAGCUGCGACCCGACCAGGCCGAGAACGAGGUAGAGAUGCUCGCUUUCUUGCUGGAAGAGGCGGACUCUUCUGAAGCAGAAGUUCUCCUUGAGAUGGAGGCACAGCUGCAAGAGCCCAAAGCACCCCUGGUGGCAGCACACCUCCGUGCUCAGAUCGCAGAGCUUCAGGGCAGGAAGCAGCGGUCCCUGAGCCCACCGGAUCGUGAGGGUCAUGGCGACGGAGAUGAGUCCUCAAGAUACUGGGCGCCAAUGCUCGCGUUCCUGCUUGGUCCCAGCGCCACCUUCAGGUACGUGUCUGGUGGUCCCCUCAACCAGCGGAGGUCUCUGCGACGGCGUUCACUCCAACUUCUCUGCUGGUUCGCCUCAUGGAAGGUCUGGCUUGAAAAGCGCCUUGCGGCCUAUUCCGCGUACUUCUGGUACUGGGAGCUCCACAGCCUCGAGCCUCCCGAAACUCGGAGUGCUCGAAGGAAGCAUCUGAUGCAGCAGGCCAUGGCAGAGCAGGCAGCGGAAGAGAAGCAAGCUCGACAAGCGGGAGCUGAACCAAAGGAGAGCGCCGAAGUUGCAAGCUCUGAGCAGCCAGAGAAGGAGCAAAGAAACGCGGCGCCCGAACCCCCGAAGCCGGAGGAGACACCGGAGGACACCAAGGAGCCGGAGGAGUCCAAGUCAUCGGAGCCCAGAGAGGAGGCCGAGUUGACUCCUCUGCAGCAGGAGGAGCUGAAGAAGUUAGCCAAGCUUCUCGAGGAGAUGCAGGCAUUGCAGGGCAUGACUCCAGCUCCAGCUUCAGGGGGAUGA